AUGCAAAUUUCUGAGCUGAUCAAACUGGCCAGGAGCAGCAGAAGCCGCAGCAGCAGCAGCAGCAGCGGCAGCCUACGCAGCAACAGCAACAGCGGCAGCGGCUCAAGAAUUAUUAUUAAAUUCGAUAUAAAUAAUAUUCGCAACGGCUGCAGCGCGCGGCCCCCCGCCCGAUCCCCUCGGCUGGACAGUCUGCUGAUUAAUAAAAGACGGCUGCCGUGGCAGAAGUUCCGAGAUGGCCCGCGGUGCUUAAAAAUUCUGAGGCAUCUGUCAAGUCGAGCGAAGGUGAAGGUUUCGCACAGGCGCAGCAGGACCUGGUCUGCAGAUCUGGCGAUCUGGGUAUCUACGUAGGUAUACAAUGGUAUACGGGUGUACAAAGGCGAUCCGGGGACCGCGAACUCACAAAAGUUUUAG